AUGGGCUCGUACAGCACCGUCAACAAGGCCGCCCCCGGCGUGCCCUUUUACACGCCCGCGCAGGAGCCCGCCAUCGGCUCCGUCGAGGACGAGGGCCAGGCCGGCUCGGCGCCGACGCUCUUCCAGCCCAUCAAGGUCCGCGGGCUGGAGCAGCAGAACCGCGUCGUCGUGUCGCCCAUGUGCCAGUACAGCGCCGACGACGGCCACCUGACCGACUACCACCUGGUGCACCUGGGCCAGCUGGCGCUGCACGGCGCGGGCCUCGUCUUUGUCGAGGCGACGGCCGUCGAGGCGCGCGGCCGCAUCAGCCCCGAGGACAGCGGCCUCUGGAAGGACUCGCAGAUUGCGCCGCUCAAGCGCAUCGUCGACUUUGUGCACAGCCAGAAUGCCAAGAUUGGCAUCCAGAUUGGCCACGCCGGCCGCAAGGCGAGCACCCUCGCGCCCUGGCUCGGCGGCACCGCCAACAAGACCAUUGCCGACAAGGACGCCAACGGCUGGCCCGACGACGUCGUGGGCAUGAGCCCGAUCCCGUUUGCCGACGACCACGCCUCGCCCAAGGAGCUGACCGUGGCGGAGAUCAAGGGUCUGGUCCAGGCCUUUGCCGACACUGCCAAGCGCGCUGUGGCCGCCGGCUUUGAUACAAUCGAGAUUCACGCGGCGCAUGGCUACCUGCUGACCAGCUCGCUGUCGCCUCUGAGCAACACACGCACCGACGAAUACGGCGGCAGCUACGAGAACCGCACCCGGAUGCUCAAGGAGGUAAUCGGCGCCGUCCGAGGCGUCAUCCCCGAGGCCAUGCCGCUGUGGCUGCGCGUGUCCGGCUCCGAGUGGAUGGAGUCGUCGGGCGCGCCCUCGUGGGACCUCGAGAGCACCAUCCGGCUGGCCAAGGAGCUGCCCGCGCUCGGCGUCGACGUGCUCGACGUCAGCAGCGGCGGCAACAACUCGGCGCAAAAGAUCCCCAUGGACAACAAGCGCUUCCAGUCGGACCUGGCGAAGGAGGUCCGCAAGGCGGUCCUCGCCGACAAGCUGCCGCUGCUGAUUGGCACCGUCGGCUUCAUCACCGACAGCCAGACGGCUGCGGGCCUGGUGCAGGAGGGCGGGCCCGAGCAGGCCGCCGACUUUGCGCUGCUGGCGAGGCAGUUUCUGCGCGAGCCCGAGUGGGUGCUCCGGGCGGCGCACGAGCUCAAGGUCAAGGCCAAGUGGCCGAACCAGUAUCACCGCGCCGGGCCCCCGGCCACCUUUGAGCGCCACUUCUAG